UCAUGAAUUUUUGUGAAUUCAUCUUAAUUACUGUUGAGAGUGAAGAUAAAUUAGAGGAAAUAAGAAUUGCAUUAGCAAGUUUAGAUAUGUUUGAAAUUAAUACAGGUAUCUAUUCUAAUAAAUAUAUUGAGUGUAUAAAAGACUUGAUUAGCCAAGAUAAAGUGCAUUGAAAGAAGAAUAAAUUCUAGAAUUUCUUGAUGAUAACAAUCUUCAAAUUACUUAAGAAUAAUUAAGUUACAUAUUUAGAGUAUUGGAUGUUGAUAAGGACAACUUGGUUACAUUGGCAGAGUAACUAUUUAUUCAUAAUUUCAAAGUUUCUAAUAAGUAAUCUUACCAAAAACUAAUGAUCAAGUAAAAGACUAAGCACUUAAUCAUAAAUCUUAUGAAAUGCCACAAAGUAUGUUAUUACCAAAAGAAGUUGAAGCUACUUUAACUGCAUUCUUUGAACAAUUAAAAAUUAAUUAUAAGUAAGAAAUAUAUUUAUUUUAGCCAAUACUCUAAUAUUUAAGAUCCAAUCAAUCUUGGUGAAUUAGGAAUAUUUGAAAGUGAAAAUCUAAUCACAUUGGAUUCUCUUAAAAAUUGGUUAUAAAGUAUUGGAUAAGAGAUUGAAGAUUAAAUUCUAGAAAAAUUCCUUAUCAUAAUUGAUGGUAAUCCAAACAACUUAUAAAAUUUAAUUGAUUAAAUCUUUUUAUAAAUAGAAUAAUAAGAAGAAUAGUAAAAUGAAGCACCAAAAUAAAAUUAAGUAGAGGAAUAAACUAAAUAAAAUUAAAUUGAAGUUCAAGAUAUCAAUUAUUCUUAACAAGAUUUACAGAAUAGUGAUGCUCUCUAAGAAUCAUUUAAUCCUAAUUAAACAUAAAAGUAACAAUUAAAUCAUGAAUAAAAUGAAUAAAAGAAAGUUGAACAAUAAGAACCUAUUGCUUAAUCAAAAGUUUUACAAGAGAGUUAACCAUAUUAUAUAGAUAAUCCUUUAUUAAAUUAUUAUCAUUAGUAAAUUAAGGAUGAAGAAGAGAAAAUUAAAAAGUUAUGUGAUGAAUUAAAUAUUCCAAAUAUUUACACUUAAAAAAGAGAUGAAUCAAUAUUGAUCAAAUAUUAUUAAAAAGAAAUAGCUAGAGAAUAAGAAACUUUGAGUAGAUUAUAUUCAGAAUCAAGACUUUCAGGAGUAUCUUCUAAAUUUUCAAAAUCAACUUUUACUCCUGAUCCAUUAUAUUCAGAUGAAUAUCAAAGAUAAAUCAUUCGUAUUGAUAAUGAAAUAAGAAAAGAAGCAAAUAAUUUAAGUUUAAUUAAAUCACAGAUUGAUAUUAGCAGUGGAUUAUCAACUAGUUAUUUAAAGUAAUAUUAAAAUUUAAAUUUUAGGUAUGAAAGUCCCAGUAAAAAUUAAGAAUCUUAUUUUUAUGAUAAUUUUUCAGGAUAAAAGGUAUAUAUAUUAAUAUUAAUAUUUUAUAGAAAUAAUUUGGUUAUUAUAAAUGA